AUGCGCGAAUACGCGAUUCUUAAACGCGUCGCGCGUUCGGCGAUGGUUCUUGACGUCGUCGUUGGCGUCUUCCAGAUGACCGUCCUCGCCACCAUCAUUCAUUACUCCUACUAUGGCGGUUUCGACGGGACCCUGACGUGGAAUCGUGAUGUCGUCGUGUUCUACACAAUCGCCUCGAUGCUCUCGCUGCUCGCCGUUGUGAGCUCGACGUUCUGUUUGGCGGCGAGCCGCUGCCUCCUCGCCGCCAUUCGGCUAGCCGUCUCAAUCGGUGCUGACGCGUUCAUCGCGUUCCAGAUUCAUCACGCUCACGACUUCAUGCUCAACAGCAUCGCCAUCUUCUUUUUGUUGGACGUCGCGCGCGCCGUCACCACGAUGUUGGCGUUGGCCAAGUAUGACGAGUUACGCGCGCUCAAAAUCCAAUUGUACAUCGUUAAACAUGUGGUUUAA